CACCAUGGCCAACCUGACGGUCCCCCUGGGGGCUGGAAGGAACUCAUGCACCUUCCAUGAGGAGUUCAAGCAGGUCCUGCUGCCCCUGGUUUACUCGGUGGUGUUCAUGGUGGGGUUGCCCUUGAACGCCGUGGUCAUUGGGCAGAUCUGGGUGGCCCGUAAGGCUCUCAGUCGCUCCAUGAUCUACAUGUUCAACCUGGCCACAGCUGACCUGCUCUAUGUCUGCUCCCUCCCACUUCUCAUUUACAACUACACCCAGAAGGAUUAUUGGCCUUUUGGAGACUUCACCUGCAAAUUUGUCCGCUUCCAGUUCUACACCAACCUCCACAGCAGCAUCCUCUUCCUCACCUGCAUCAGCAUCCAGAGGUACCUGGGUAUCUGUCACCCCUUGGCCUCGUGGCACAAGAAGAAGGGGAAGAAGCUGACGUGGCUGGUGUGUGCUGCAGUGUGGUUCAUCGUCAUCGCCCAGUGCCUGCCCACCUUUGUCUUCGCUUCCACCGGCAUCCAAAGGAACCGCACCGUCUGCUACGACCUGAGUCCACCAGAUCGUUCCUCAGCCUACUUCCCCUAUGGCAUCACCCUCACUGUCACCGGCUUCCUGCUGCCCUUCGUGGCCAUCCUCGCCUGCUACUGCCGCAUGGCCCGGAUCCUGUGCCAGAAGGAUGAGCUGAUAGGUUUGGUGGUACACAAGAGGAAAGAUAAAGCCGUGCGUAUGAUCAUCAUCGUGGUCAUUGUCUUCUCCAUCAGCUUCUUCCCCUUCCACCUCACCAAGACCAUCUACCUGAUCGUUCGGUCCUCACCUGACCUGCCCUGCCCGACUCUGCAGGCGUUUGCCAUCGCCUAUAAGUGCACGCGUCCCUUUGCCAGCAUGAACAGCGUCCUGGACCCCAUCCUCUUCUACUUCACCCAACGCAAGUUUCGGGAGAGCACCCGUUACCUUCUGGACAAGAUGAGCUCCAAGUGGCGGCACGAUCAUUGCGUUACCUACGGCUCCUAGGUGAAGACGAGGGCUACCUCGGUGUCACCAAGACUGGACAUGGAGCAAUUUUAGCUUUAAGCUCCACAGAGCAG